AUGUCGACUGCCAAGGAGAACCCGUGUCGGAAAUUCCAGGCCAACAUCUUCAACAAGAGCAAGUGUCAAAACUGCUUCAAGCCGCGCGAGUCGCAUCUGCUCAACGACGAGGACCUGAGCCAGGCAAAACCCAUCUAUGGUGGCUGGCUGCUCCUGGCUCCUGAUGGGACUGACUUUGACAACCCUGUGCACCGGUCUCGGAAAUGGCAGCGGAGGUUCUUCAUCCUCUAUGAGCAUGGCCUUCUUCGCUACGCCCUGGAUGAGAUGCCUACUACCCUUCCCCAGGGUACCAUCAACAUGAACCAGUGCACAGAUGUUGUAGAUGGGGAGGGUCGAACUGGCCAAAAGUUCUCUCUGUGUAUUCUGACACCUGAGAAGGAGCAUUUCAUCCGGGCUGAAAAUAAAGAGAUCAUCAGUGGAUGGCUGGAUAUGCUCAUGGUUUAUCCUCGGACCAACAAGCAGAACCAGAAGAAGAAACGAAAAGUGGAGCCUCCCACACCACAGGAGCCAGGGCCCGCCAAGAUGGCUGUCACCAGCAGCAGCAGCAUUCCCAGUGCUGAGAAGGUUCCCACUACCAAGUCCACCCUCUGGCAGGAAGAGAUGAGGGGUAAGGAACAGCCAGAUGCAAGCAGCCUGAGUCCAGACCAGAGCCAGCCUCCAGCUGCCAGCUCCCUGCUUUCUGGGCUGGAGAGCAGAGAAGAAGAAGGCACCAUGAGCAAUGAGCAAAUGGAUUGUGGCCGCAAAGUCCGAGUGGAAAGUGGCUACUUCUCCUUAGAGAAGACUAAACAGGACUUGAAGGCUGAAGAGCAGCAGCUGCCCCCACCACUUUCUCCCCCCAGUCCCAGCACCCCCAACAACAGGAGAUCCCAGGUGAUUGAGAAGUUUGAGGCCUUGGACAUUGUAAAGGCAGAGCACAUGGAGACCAGUGCACCAGGUGGGCCCUUACCUGCCGGUGACACCCGUCAGGGCCGCAGCGAGAAGAGGGCAUUCCCACGGAAGCGGGACCUCACCAGUGAAGCCCCAACAACCCCACUCCUAGAUGUGCCAGCUCCCCCCCUGUCUCCACACCGAAGAGCCAAGUCACUGGACAGGAGGUCUACGGAGCCCUCCAUGACGCCUGACCUGCUGAAUUUCAAGAAAGGCUGGCUGACCAAGCAGUAUGAGGAUGGCCAGUGGAAGAAACACUGGUUUGUCCUGGCAGAUCAAAGCCUGAGGUACUACAGGGAUUCAGUGGCUGAGGAGGCAGCUGACCUGGAUGGAGAAAUUGACUUGGCUACAUGUUACAAUGUCACCGAAUAUCCAGUCCAGAGAAAUUAUGGCUUUCAAAUACAUACAAAAGAAGGUAAAUUUUCCCUCUCUGCCAUGACAUCAGGGAUCCGUAGGAACUGGAUCCAGACCAUCAUGAAGCACAUCCACCCAACCAACGCACCUGAUGUGACAAGCUCGUUGCCAGAGAAGAACAAGAGCAGUGCCUCUGAGCCCUGCCCCAGGCCGAGUGAGAAGCAGGAGGGUGAUUCUGGGGACCCGGAUCCAGAGCAGAGACGAAGUCGUGCUCGAGAGCGGAGGCGUGAGGGACGCUCCAAGACCUUUGAUUGGGCUGAGUUCCGCCCUAUGCAGCAAGCCCUGGCCCAGGAGAGAGCCCGUGCCGCAGGCCUCGGUGAUGCCCAGGAGUCCAAAUGCCCUGAGGUGGACCCAGAGGAAUGGGAGCUGGAGCGAGAACGUACCCGUCGCCGGGAGGAGCGCCGCCGUCGUUUUGGGGCCCUAGACACUGUGGAUGGACCAGGGACUGAUGACGUGAUCUUUCAGAUGGAAGUUGACCGAAGCUCAGUGCUGCCCAUGACCUCAGACCUCAAGACACAGAGCGUCCAUGUAGAGAUUGAACAGCGUUGGCAUCAGGUGGAAACCACCCCUCUUCGAGAAGAGAAGCAAGUGCCCAUCGCCCCCCUGCACCUGGUUCCCUCUGAGUACGGAAACGACCAGCUCCCCACACAGGAGCUGACCUCUCUGCUAGAAAAAGAGUUGGAACAGAGUCAGAAAGAGGCCUCCGAACUCCUGGAACAAAACCGACUUCUCCAGGACCAGCUGCGCAUGGCUCUGGGCCGGGAGCAGAGUGCACGGGAGGGCUACGUGCUGCAGGCCACAUGUGAGCGGGGAUUUGCAGCCAUGGAAGAGACACACCAGAAGAAGAUUGAGGACUUGCAGAGGCAGCACCAGCGGGAGCUAGAGAAGCUGCGAGAGGAGAAGGACCGACUCCUGGCAGAGGAGACUGCAGCCACUAUCUCAGCAAUUGAGGCCAUGAAGAAUGCUCACCGGGAGGAAAUGGAGCGGGAGCUUGAGAAGAGCCAGCGGUCCCAGAUCAGCAGCACCAACUCAGACAUUGAAGCUCUGAGGCACCAGUACCUGGAGGAGCUGCAGUCGGUGCAGCGAGAGCUGGAGGUGCUGUCAGAGCAGUACUCCCAGAAGUGCCUGGAGAACGCCCACCUCGUGCAGGCGCUGGAGGCUGAAAGGCAGGCACUGCGGCAGUGCCAGCGCGAGAACCAGGAGCUUAAUGCCCACAACCAGGAACUAAAUAACCGCCUAGCUGCAGAAAUCACACGGCUGCGGACACUGCUGACCGGGGACAGUGGAGAGGAAGCUGGAGGCUCCCCCCUCACACAGGGCAAGGAUGCCUACGAGUUGGAGGUCUUACUGCGGGUCAAGGAGUCAGAGAUACAGUACCUAAAACAGGAGAUCAGUUCUCUGAAGGACGAGCUGCAUACAGCACUGCGGGACAAGAAGUAUGCUAGUGAUAAAUACAAAGACAUCUACACAGAACUCAGCAUUGUGAAGGCAAAGGCAGAUUGCGACAUUAGUAGGUUGAAGGAACAGCUGAAAGCAGCUACAGAAGCACUAGGGGAGAAGUCCCCUGAAAACACUACAGUGUCAGGAUAUGAUAUAAUGAAAUCCAAAAGCAACCCUGACUUCUUGAAGAAAGACAGGUCCUCUGUCAGCCGGCAACUCAGAAAUAUCAGGUCAAAGUCCGUAAUUGAGCAGGUCUCAUGGGAUAACUGA